CCGCUAAGACGGUCGCGUCCCUCGCGUUCCCUCCCCCACGCGACAACCAACAGGUGUCCGCUCUCGAUCUUUGCCUUCAUUCAGAUAAGGAGAGUUAGUGUCUGGGAUUCGACUUGUCUAGAUGACAAAUAAACGGAUGGAAGAAACCAAACCAACGGGGAAAUUAAGAUGAAGAGAGUGAGUCGAACUCACGCCACGAGUCCUUGAGAACAUGUCUUUGUACCACGAUGUCUUCCGAGUGUUCUUCAGAGUCCCAUGACGGUACCUCAUUAAUGGGGCUCAUUCCGUCUAUGUGUGUGGGUGGGUGGGUUUGUGAGUGUGCGUAUGCCAAGCUGUGUCGGAAGCAGUGGGGCGCCUGUGGAAAUACUGUCAUACCGUCGAAUUUGUUUUAAAGAAAAGAAGCUGGUAAAGCUAAGUGGGUUCAAGGCCAAACCUCAGCACUGAAUACGGGUCAAAUCUUAUGCUCGUAAUCAACACUUACUUCUAAAGUGUGUAAUCUAAGGCCGAACUUUAGGUGGGAGAAAGAGAAGUCGAAAGUUACAAGGGUGAUGUAUAUCGACGGACUCCACAACAGCAAUAUGGCGACUUCUUCUCCCAACACGACGUUUCUUCUGAUGGAGGCGGCAUUGACGUCGACCGCUCCGGAAAUCAUCCUAAACGAUCACCACCGCCACUACAACCACCGCCAUCAACACCAACGCCUUCUGGACAUUCCCACGUCUUGGAGAGAUGCGAUCGCCAUCCCCACCACCACAAGUUCUUUCGAUCUCAGAGACCCAGAGACCUACGACGUAGCCUUCAGCUCGAACUCUGACGAAGUCUUCCAGCAACCGAAGCAGCAGUACACCGAAGACCUAGAGCACAACUACUUCGACUGGGAAUCUAACAUCACCAACCACACCAACAUGACGGGAGAGAUUGACGAAGACCUCACGCACAUUAACAUGACACCUCUCAUUGCUUACUCCCUCCUGUUUCCCUUUGCCGCCAUCGGCAACCUAAUGGUAUUCGUGGCACUCUUUCGCAACCGUCACCGCAAAUCCCGCGUUAACAUGAUGAUCAUGCACCUCUCCCUGGCUGACAUGAUCGUCACCUUCGUUUUCCUGCCCACCGAGAUCACUUGGCACGUCACCAUCGAGUGGGUCUUCGGUAACUUCGGCUGCAAAGUCUACAAGUUCUUCUCUGCCUUCGGCUUCUACAUGUCCUCGAUGGUCCUGGUGUGCAUCAGUCUGGAUCGCUACUUCGCUGUACUGCACCCGCUCAGAGUCAACGAUGCUCAGAGAAGGGGCAAAAUUAUGCUGUUCUUCGCCUGGCUAAUAUCAGCUGUCAUCUCUCUACCCCAGAGUGUGAUCUUCAACGUGCAGCCUCACCCUCAGUAUCCAGACUUCCACCAGUGUGUUACCUUCGGAUUCUUCGACACCAAGAACGACGGGGAGAUGAUGUACACUAUCUUCUGCAUUUCCUUCCUCUACUUCAUCCCCCUCUCCAUCAUCGUUGUGGCUUACACCCGCAUCAUUGUCGAGAUCAGUAGGAAGAGCAGAGACACGCAACACGACUACACUCGGGAGGAGCGGUACCACGGGCGUCUUCAGCUCCGUCGAAGUAACAUGUCAAACAUCGAGCGAGCGCGGACCAGGACUCUCAGAAUGACCUUUAUCAUCGUUAUGGCCUUCGUCUGGUGCUGGACGCCCUACGCCCUCGCCACCCUGUGGUAGGAACUCAUCGACCCCGAGACCUUCUACAGCAUGAACAAGCACGUCCAGGACAUUCUGUUCAUCAUCGCCGUCAGCAACUCCGUGGUCAACCCCAUCAUCUACGGGAGGUACUCCAUCAACUGCUGCCGCGACUUGUGGAACCGCUCGGGCAGCCUCUGCUGCUACUGCUGCUGGUGCUGGUGCUGCUCCUGCUGCUGCGCCUCCCCCAAGCACACCCUCCUGGCUGCUCCCCCUCCGCCAAACGUCAACUUCUACAAGAGCAACGGGCACUUUUCUGCGUCAGGGCACACCCGCAGCACUAUCUACAAUACCUCCACCAGAGACAGGAAGACCGUCGGUGUCUUACUGCAGGUAAAAGUGAGGUCCCUACUGAUGGAGUGGAACCGCGCCUCGCAGAAGUCGCUGGCGCAGGAAGGAGAGAUGGUGUCCAUGGUUCCUCUCAGUGUUCCAGUCAGUCUUCAACACAAGCACGGUACACCCACGCCCUCGCCCAUGGUGUCGCGUGUCUUCAGUCGCCGCCCGCCCAUGGAGACCCACCUGGAGGAGAAUGACGAAUCCUCGGGGUACAGUUCGAGCCACGCCCACUCCUUCAGGAGUUAUCAUGAUAUGACCUGCACCGAGCACCCCCUCAGGGGACAUGUCUGGGACAACCAUCACUCCUGCUAAUGGUUCUCGGAAGCCCCUUAGGGCAACUAGCGCGUCCAUUCCUUCAGUUGCUUCAAACAUUCCGUAAGGAAUGUUUGCCAACGUCCUGUAGGGUGACCCCCACACCAGUCAGGGGUGCGGUCCCAGAGGCAUGUUAUCCAGUCAUGUCUUCAGAUCUCGCAGCCACCGACCCCUGUACCUCCUCCCACUAAUAUUUCUAAGACCACUGCCACUGCCACUCUUUUUUGCUCAUACUGUCACUCUUCACGAACCUGUUGACCACGCCGAGCCCCGAGUGAGGCGAGACUUAUUGACCAGUCUCUUUACACCACCUGCUUAUGUUCAGAAGUAUACUCAUGGGUUAACCGAGGGAUGGACAGAAAGAACCCCAACGGAAGUAAGCAACACUCUUUGGCUUUCAUGGGAUAGCCUGGGUUAUUACAACCAGUAAUGUCAGAGUAAUUACGGGACGAUGUGGUAUGAAUGCUCAAUAUUUACAUUAUGCUGGUAACGUCAGGCGCAUCAUUGGCCGGUUUACGAUGCGUCUCCCUUUCUUCAGAUGUCUUCAAGAAGUAACUCCUGCUACAAUCUGUACAAAAUUAAUAAUCUUACAUAUCUACUGGGCAAUCUCGACCGCCUGAAGAACCUCGUAUCAUGUCAACAAAAGCAACUGUAUGACAUCUUAAAUGGGGGUUUACUUGAAAAAUACAAUUAUUAUUAUUAUUUUUGUAAACAAGAGCCAAAAUAGAAGAAAUUUAAUCAGCUUCCAUCCCUAGAAACGCCAGAUAUGGAAAUCUUUAGUGAGGAAACGUCAGCCUUUGCCUCAACCAGAGAACAAUUACCCACAGCCAUCAGCACAGUUAUCCACGACAGCCAGUCACACACACUACAUUUUUCAAGAGUUUCCCUUUCUAGCGCAGCUCGCCUGGCAGGCGAGGCAGAUGGACUUCAUGGCUGGGUUGAGAUCUGAGAGGACUCACUGCAGCAGCACGAGACCUGAAGGAACCUCGAGUGUUUGUGUGACACAGCAGUACGUCACCAUAUCCUACAUGUGUGCUCAGGUUUCAUAAUAACUCUCCGCUGUAUCAACUAUAAUAAAACACAUGUAUGUUGAAAAAUGGUAUAAAAUACCGAGAAGUUGUUGAUUAAGACACAUUAAGCCUACUUAGGAGGCCUCUUCAGUCAAAUACAGAGGCAGUAAAUAUAGUGGUGAAAUGUAAAUGUAAUCAAUCCAUCAACUGACAAUGUCCCUGGUGGGCGAAAUGUUUUCUUGAUGUGACAUAAAUCACAUUAUGCGUCAUGCAAACAUGAGGGAAAAAGACGCAUGUGGAAUAUUUCCCACAUAUUCACUGAGAAGAGCUAAACCCGGCUCCGGGAGAGGAUUAGGUUUGAUCAGAGGAAGGAGAGGGUACCUCCAGUUCCUUGGAUUAAGAGAAAACCUUGUAUAUCAUUGGCUCGACUGACAACUUGGUGGCAAAUUAUAUAGAAGAGCUUGUUGACACGUGUGGCUAUCAGUCUGAAACUACACUGGAUACAUGUCUGCAACUACGCUGGAUACGUGUCUGAAAUUACGCCGGAUACAUGUCUGAAACUACGCCGGAUACAUGUCUGAAACUACGCAGGAUACCUGUCUGAAACUACGUAGGAUACAUGUCUGAAACUACGCCGGAUACAUGUCUGAAACUACGCCUGAUACAUGUAUGAAACUACGCAGGAUACCUGUCUGAAACUACGUGGGAUACAUGUCUGAAACUACGCCGGAUACAUGUCUGAAGCUACGCCGGAUACAUGUCUGAAACUACGCCGGAUACAUGUUUGAAACUACGCAGGAUACCUGUCUGAAACUACGUGGGAUAUAUGUCUGAAACUACGCGGGAUACAUGUCUGAAACUACGCAGGAUACAUGUCUGAAACUACGUGGGAUACAUGUCUGAAACUACGCAGGAUACAUGUCUGAAACUACGCGGGAUACAUGUCUGAAACUACGCAGGAUACAUGUCUGAAACUACGCGGGAUACAUGUCUGAAACUACGCGGGAUACUUGUCUGAAACUACGCGGGAUACAUGUCUGAAA